AUGUUUCAGUCCCAUGACUUGGCGCUUGAUGGUUGCCUCCGGCCUUUAUGCAAAUCCAUAUCCGAGUGGUGUGAGAAGACGGCCACCAAAUGGUCAGACAUGCAGCAGCAGCAGCAGCAGCAGCAGCAGCAGCAGCAGCAGCAGCAGCAGCAGCAGCAGCAGCAGCAGCAGCAGCAGCAGCAGCAGCAGCAGCAGCAGCAGCAGCAGCAGCAGCAGCAGCAGCAGCAGCAGCAGCAGCAGCAGCAGCAGCAGCAACAACAGCAGCAGCAGCAGCAGCAGCAGCAGUGA